AUAAUCUGUGUACACCUGUCAAAGUUUCAAUGGCGGACGUCCUCUCAUUCGGAUCGUAACAAAACAUAUUUUCACAUUUCCACCGAUCGAAUACAACUCGAACGCUACAUGAAAUUAAUUUCCACCGUGUGAACAGCUUAAACGGGGUAUUAUAAUGUCCACUGUCGUGUCGGACUGCUUUACAAUCGGCAGCAUAGUUGCUACGCGAACAUGUUACAACGAAAGUAUCGAAGGAGAGGUUCUAGCGUUUGAUCCGCAGACUAAGAUGCUGAUACUCAAAUGUCCAUCUUCGAGCGGUAAUCCCAAACGCCACGACGUUAACAUUGUGAAUCUAUCGUUGGUUAGUGACGUGCAAAUCAAAAGAGAGGUGACCACGGCGCCCGAGCCUCCACAAUCCCUCAAUCUUCACAGAUUAAACACACGAGUUCGAAAUUCAAUAGAGAAUAAGAGAAGAUUAGUAUCAGCACUCUCAGCAUGCCUAGACCCUGAGGGGCAGCGCCUGUUCAUGGCGAUCGCUCGCGUUAUAGACGACGUCUCCUGGGCCGGACAGAACAUCCGAGUAUAUAACGAAGUUAUUAUCACACCUCCUUAUAAGGUCGACAACGUAAUAGGCGAGAAAGAUUCCAAACCUUAUAAUUAUAUAAAGAAAUUCGUAGAGCGGCACUGGCGUGAUCAUCGCGACCACGCGGGCCCCAACUCGAGCCAACACCAGUAGAUUGUAAUACUAUUUAUUGAACAACACGUUAAAACGCCAUUUUGAAAAACUAGACUAAAACCAGGUAGUAGAGAAAAAUUCUUUCGUUUAUUUUAGUCAAUGUAUUUACAUACUAGCUUCUGCCAGCGGUUUCACCCGCAUCCCGUGGGAACUACUUCCCGUACCGGGAUAAAAAGUAGCCUAUAGCCUUCCUCGAUAAAUGGGCUAUCUAACACUGAAAGAAAUUUUCAAAUCGGACCAGUAGUUACUGAGAUUAGCGUGUUCAAACAAAGAAACAAAUUUCAAUUUUCAAGCUUCAGCUUUAUAAUAUUAGUAUAGAUUGUUUAAAAAUAAUGUCAGUUAUUCGGAAGAAAAAAAAUGUUUUGACCCCCAUUUUCAGCUCUACAAACACUGACAGUCACUAGAUAUUAUUGUUCUUAAGAAAAAAAAACUGAUCAGUGUCAUUUUCAACCUUGACGUUGGCAAAAUCUUCGAUAUAUCAACGAAGGAGCCAUAAACAAAAAUAAGAAGAAGAAGAAGUCGUUUUUUUUCAAUGGACUGCAAACUAGAAGUCUUGGUAGCCUAGUGGGUAAAGAACCAACAUUUCAAGUAUGAGUGUGUUCGAUUCCAGGUCAGGCAAGUACCAAUGCAACUUUUCUAAGUUUGUAUGUACUUUCUAAGCAUAUCUUGGACACCAAUGACUGUGUUUAAGAAGGCAUGUUAAGUUGGUACGUCCCAGCUGUUAUUGAAAAUCUUAGGUAGUCGGUAUGGGUAGACAGAUGCCAGAAAAUAUGACAGUCUUACCAAAACGUAUUUAUUGAGUUGGGGUCAAGUUGUCACAUUUACUGGCUUCUGACUACCCGUAACGACUGCCACAGAUGUUCAAAUGACAGCCGGGACCUACAGUUUAUCGUGGCUUCUGAAACACAGUCACUGAUGUCCAAUCUUGCUAAGUAGUCUUUUCAUAUUUAUUUCUUUAACUUCAUGAAUUAUAUGUUUUUUGAUGAUUUUGAAUGCUCCAUAAACAUUUUAAAGUCUAUAUUUCGAUCUUAUUAAGAUGUAAAAAUCAUCAUUUUCGUUUUAUUUGUAAAUUUUUCAAAAUGGCGUUUUGACAGCAAAUUUUUCUUCAGUUUGACACUGAUAUUACCACCAAAUAUGUAUUUUCUGUACUAUUAAAAUAACUGAUUUUGAAAAUUUCAAUAUUCAAUAAAUUUUUCAAAAGAUUUUUUUCAAUGAAUUUUCCAUAGAUAUUCAGUAAUUUUAGUCAUCCAAAAUUAUAUCCAAUAUCAGUUGUUUUAAUAAAUACAAAAGAAAUGAAUUAUUGGUACAGAGAAAAUAGUGUACACUCGUAUACAGGAUGGUUUAAAAAGCAAUAUUAGAUACAGGAUGUAGACAAAAUUAUUUUUACUUAACAUCUUAAAAUCUUGACGAGUUUCCUAUUUAUUUUCAAAAUUAUUAGUUUUUACAUCAUGUUUGAUCCUAAUAUUGCUUUUUCAAGCACUCUGUAUUUUAUCUGUAUCGAUCGACAGUCUAUUUGAGCCCAAGAUAUAAGAAUUCCAAAAUUAUGUAUCGUUUUUCAGAUUUGAAAUCCAAAAAAAUAUUGUUUUUCCUUUCUUUCUACAAAAUUCUUAGUUUUCUUCUGAACUCCGAAAGGCAAGUUGCAGCUGUACUUUUUUGGAUGAAUAAAGUUCAAUUUUGAAAUGAUUUCAAUCUUUAAUCGAAGGAUAAAAAGAUUGAUUGGGUAUAGAAAUUCACCAUAAGCAAUAUCAUAACUGGACUGGUUUCUAAUAUAAUAUUAGCACUUAUUUUUAACCAUUUGUUAUCUUACUGAAGACAUUUUAAAAACCAAUUUUUAUUUAUGACUCUUAAAGUAAUAUUUGGUCUUUCACAAACAUUGAUAUACUAAAAAAACUUAAUAAUUUCUUUCAAUAUAAAGAUAUUUUAACAAUUUUACGGAAUACUCCGCCAUCUUCUUUUAGCUGUCAAAAUUUUCGCGCCAUUAAAAAUCUGAAGUUUAGUCAUUCGUUCAAAAUUGAACUUUAUAUACAAGACAUACGGUUUAACAUCUUACUUGGAGUUAAAGUAUAUAGUAAUACUUUUUAUAUAUUGUUGGAUUAAGUAAUAGUGAAAAAUUAUUUAAAAAAAACGAAAAACUUG